UACUAAGGAAAUAUGUUACACUUAUCUAUAAAAAACCAAAUACCAAAUCCCGAAGGAUUUGCGUGAUUUAAGUCUAAUAAAUAUUCUCUUAGAUCUUAUAGGUCUCUGCUUCUUCUUCUACGGUGUCUCUUGGUUGAUCUUUUCGUAGCCAUGGAUGAUGACUAUUACUUGAGCUGCGAGGAGGACGAGGAAGAAGAGGAGGAUGAUUAUGAUAAGGUUGAUUAUGAUCAAUAUGAGCAGGCUCAACGUGAGGAGACCACAAAAUCAACUAGCCGAAUCAUCACGAAUGAAUCACUUGUAGCCGCACAGAAGGAAGUUUUGGCUAGGGUUAUGGAACUGCUCACUCUCAAGAAGAGCCAAGCGAGGACUCUUCUCAUUCAUUACCAAUGGAACGUUGAUAAACUAUUAGAUGUUUAUAGUGAAAGAGGCAAAGAUAGUCUGUUCAAAACUGCUGGUCUAACUGUCUUUUCUCAUACGUCCUUGUCUGAAUCCAGAUACUCUCUGAGGAAGAAGAUGACUUGUGAGAUCUGCAUGGACGAUGAUUUACAAAGCUACACGAUGACGAGAAUGGACUGUGGUCAUUGCUUUUGUAACAACUGUUGGAAGGAGCAUUUUACCGUGAAGAUCAACGAAGGUAUGAGCAAAAGAAUCACAUGCAUGGCUCAUAAAUGCAACGCGAUUUGCGAUGAAGAUGUUGUUAAGAAGCUAGUUUAUCCCGAAAUAGCCGAGAAGUUUGAUCGUUUCCUCGUUGAGUCUUACGUUGAUGAUAACAAGAGGGUCAAGUGGUGUCCAAGCACGCCUCAUUGUGGUAACGCGAUAAGGAGAGAAGACGAUGGUGGCGAGGUUGAAUGCUCGUGUGGUCAUCAGUUUUGUUUCAGCUGUCUAAGUGAGUCUCACUCUCCUUGCUCUUGCUUGAUGUGGAAGCUGUGGAAAAAGAAGUGUGAAGAUGAGUCCGAGACGCUUAACUGGAUAACGGUCCACACUAGGAUGUGUCCUAAAUGCAGCAAAUCUGUUCAAAGGAGUGAUGGAUGCAACCUCAUGACUUGUAUCUGUGGACAGCAUUUUUGUUGGUUGUGUGGUGGGGCUACUGGUUUAAGCCACACAUGGACUACUAUCGAUGGUCAUAGUUGUGGUAAGUUCAAAGAAGAAAAGGUGAAGCAAAUAGAGAUAGCCAAAAGGGAUUUAAAACGGUAUACACAUUACUAUCACCAAUACAGAUCACAUACUGAUUCAUCAAAGCAAGAGUUUAAACUGAGAGAGAGUGUCCGUGAGAAGGUGGCGUCAUUGUCGGAAAAGACACUCAAGUCGGAGCAGAAAUGGGCAUCAAAUGGAGCCGAUCUGUUGUUCAGAUCAAGAAAAGUUCUUUCAUAUACAUAUGUUUUUGCCUUCUACAUGUUUGGUGAAGAACUAUUCAAAGAUGAGAUGAGUGAUGAGGAAAGAGAGAUGAAGAAGAUUCUGUUUGAGAAUCUGCAGCAGCAACUUAUAGGUUAUAUUGAGAGUCUUUCCAAAACUCUGAACCAGCCUUUUGAUGAUUAUAGUUCUGAUGAGUUGGAGAAGAUGAGUGAUGAGACCAUGAGGUUUGGUAUUGUGGUUGAUAACCUCUGCAAGGAGAUGUAUGAGUGCAUUGAGAAUGAGUUGUUGGGUCCAACAGUAGCUGGACACAACCAUAGCAUUGCACCUUAUAGAUCGGAGGGGAUAGAGAAAGCAAUUGAGUUUUGGUGCUGACAUGGUCUGAGGUUCAAGCCGAUGGACUUCUAUGUCUGAGCAAGAUUCAUGAUCAUGGAACUUGUAGAAGGCAGGUGCUCUUUGUAGCUUUUGCUUUGUAAACUGUUGAUGCAGUGCACAACUGAACUUUUAUUUUGGUGUUUCUGUUUCAUUUUUUGUUAAAGUUGAGUUAUUUCUUUUUCUU